AUGGCCGCGGGCAUCCGCGUCGACGCCCUGCGGCCCCGCUGGGACUUCCCCGGCGCCUUCUACUUCGUGGGCACCGUCGUCUCCACCAUAGGUUUUGGAAUGACCACACCAGCAACCGUGGCUGGGAAAUUAUUCCUCAUCAUUUAUGGCCUUUUUGGGUGUGCCGGGACCAUCCUCUUCUUCAACCUCUUCUUGGAGCGCAUCAUCUCCCUCCUGGCAUUUAUCAUGAGGGCUUGCUAUGAGAGGCAGCUGCAGAGAAGUGGUCUCCUACCUCCCAACUUCCGAAGGGGGUCGGCUGUGUCUGGGGUGGGGAGCCUCGUGGGCUGGAAGCCGUCCGUUUACCACGUCAUGCUGAUCCUGGGAAUUUUUGCCAUUACCCUUUCCUGCUGCGCCUCCGCCAUGUACACGGCAGUGGAAGGGUGGAACUACGUGGACUCCCUGUAUUACUGCUUUGUCACCUUCAGCACCAUCGGCUUUGGAGAUUUGAAGUUCGAGUGCAGGUGCUGCCCAAAGUGCCAUAAAUCCAGCACCCGCCUGAGCCGCCGCAACGCCAUCACGCCGGGAGCCCGCCUGCGCCGCCACAACGUCACCGCCGAGGCCGAGGGACAGUACGACAGUGACACCGAGGGCAGGAGGCUCUCUGGGGAGAUGAUCUCCAUGAGGGAGCUCACGGCCUCCAAUAAGGUCUCGCUGGCCAUUCUGCAGAAGCAGCUGUCCGAGACGGCCAACGGCUACCCCCGGAAUGUCUGCAUCAACACGAGACAGAACGGUUUCUCUGCGGGGGUCGGGGCUCUGGCCAUCAUGAACAACCGCUUGGCAGAAACCAGUGAUUCUAGGUAGAGUUUUUGGAAUUCCUUACGUUUCUUAAGUGGAAAUAAAAUGGUGGUUAGGGUGGAAUUGCCACUGUAAGCUACUGGAAAGCUUUACAGUUCAGAGACAGCCUUGGUAUUCGUUGGGUGUUGAGCGUUUUACUUUCUGGGGGUUUUAUAAGUUUUCUUUAAUAUGCAGUGAGAUCUUUACCAUUAUGUUACAAUUUUCCCCUAAGGGAGUUUUAAAUGAGACUUGGAUGUCUUUGAUUCAGAAUGUGGUGCAAUUAUAGAAGGAUGAUGUGCAUAAUUAGGAUGGUGUCAAAACCAACAUGUUCUUCUUCAGAAUAGAGCCUGAACCCAAACUCUGUGUUAAAAGGCAUAAAGCGGGCAAGUUGGGCUCCAGAUUCAAACAUGGGGUUGGUAAGUCUUGGCUAACCAGUAUCUCACAGUUUGCUGAAGUCUGGUUCUGAUCCUGAGCCUUGUACUCGAUGCUCUUCAGCAAUUCCUCGUAGCAGGCCUCUAUAUGACAUACACAUAGGUGACUGUGCUUCCUUCAGUAAUCCCGCUGACUUCUGUGGCAGAGGAUGGAAUGGGCUGAACUCCCCACCUACAAAUGAUGGGGUUUAGCCAGGCUUGUCUGAAAGACCACCUGCCACCUAACUCUUAUAAGUCAGGGGGUUAUCAAGGACCGUGUUCAAGUGUGCAAAACUGUUCCUACCUAUGAAUAACAAAACAGGCAAUUGUCAUCUUCAAGACCUGACUUUGUUUAAUGCAAGAGAAGCCGAUGUGCACCUCUGGUAUCAAAUGUUUGCCUCCCCACAAAAAUGCUUACUUUGUUACUUUCUCAUUGAAAUAAGUCACUAAAAUGAA